AUGGACAACGACGUGUCGCAUCACUGGUUACAAGGGAGAGAGGAUACAAUUGCAAUUGUCCUCGGCUUCCUCUUCUUGGUGACAGCGGGUGUCAGAAUUGUCUAUCUUGCGCGGAAAUCCAUCAAAGUCGAAGCAUCUCUUCAACAGCAAUGCAAAUAUUUCUUCUUGACGACAACUGUGACAUUCCACUUCGCGCUCUUAGUUUUCCUUUUCAUCGAUCCCGCGACCGGCCUUUCGGCUGUGGUCGCGAUUUGUGGGUUUCUGACGGCCAUCGUGCUGAUGAUCCUUUCAAUGUAUGAGCAUAUUCGAUCAAUGGCACCGUCGACCCUCGUGCCACUCUACGUUAUCGCAAGCCUUUCUUUGGAUGUGGCCCAGUGUCGACGCCUGGGAUCUCAUGGCCAGCAAAGCGUACCUUACACCAUCACUACCAUGCUUGUGCUCAACAAGGUCGCAGUGAUUCUCAUCGAAGCCCUGCCAAAAAGGGGUAUCUUGCUCGCUGCCUAUCGGGAUUGCAGUCCCUCCGACACUGCUGGGGAUCGUUUUGAUGCCGAAUGGAAGCAUUCCCGUCAUUUAUUGAGAGCGGUCACGAGGGUCCUGAAAUAUCAUAUUUUGGCCUCCGGCCUUCCUCAGUUACUUUUGAUCGGGGUCAAAUUCACUCAGCCAUAUCUCAUCCAGGAUACGACGAGGUUGGUAAUGGACCCGGUCGAAAGCCAAAAGUGGCCUGCGUGGCGUCUGAUAGGGAUCUAUGCCCUCAUCUACACCGGAAUCGCCCUACUCGGGGCUACCUCGAAGCACCAGAUGAAUCGGCUGGUUGUCAGCAUUCGAGGGGGAUUGGUCUCCCUUAUCUAUAACAAGAGCGUUGAUCUAAGCAUAACUGCCGUACAGAAAAAGGCUGCUUUGACGCUCAUGUCCACUGACAUCGACCGUAUCACCAUGUCCUGUGCAGACGUGCACCACGCCUGGGCGGCGGUUAUCGAGGUAGCGGUGGCCCUGUAUCUGCUGUACGCCCAGCUGGGUGUGGGCUUUCUGGCCCCGGGACUCUGCUUUGCGUGCGCCGUCGUGGCCAUGGCAGCCUGUACACGGCUGUAUCCACGGUACCAAAACGCCUGGGUGGAGACUAUUCAAGAACGGACUUCAAUAACCUCGACUAUGCUCGGGUCCAUCCGCAAUCUAAAACUUCUGGGACUCUCAGCUAUUAUUGGAAGCCUUCUCCAGAGGUUAAGGGUACAUGAAAAUGUCGUGGCCCGCAAAAUCCGUUGGAUUACAGUGGUGCAGGUGGUCUUUCAAAACGUCACAAGCAUCGCCGCGCCGCUGACCACCUUCGCACUUUACCUUGGCUGGGGUCAGUCCAUUGGCAAGACCCUGGAUGUUUCUGUCGCCUUCUCCAUCCUCUCGGUCCUACAGCUUUUGGAACCCCCGUUGAUGACGUUGGUUCAAACGCUACCGCAUCUAGCUGGCGCGCUGGGCAGUUUUGACCGCAUCGAUGCAUUUCUUCGGUCGCCUUCACGACAGGAAUAUCGACAAUUAGCUCCAAUCACUUCUACAACGGCGACGUUUGAAGGAACAAAUGCUACGGUAGUCCUAGAAAAUGCAUCGUUCGGAUGGGCAGAGGACAGGCCGGUGCUUUCCAACCUGCAUCUCCGCAUCCCACGGGGAUCGCUGGUCAUAGUAGUUGGCCCGACUGGGUGCGGAAAGAGCACCCUGCUAAAGGGAAUCCUGGGAGAAACUCCCUGGUCAUCUGGAAUAGUUUCGUCGACUUCCUCGAUAGGGUUUGCGGAUCAGACCCCAUGGACGGUCAAUGAUACGAUUAAGGCUAGCAUAUGCGGUCAAUCCCCUGAAGAUGCCCUCCUGUAUCACGAGGUCGUUGACUGUUGCGGCUUGCUGGAAGACAUGAACAGUCUACCUGAAAAGGAUGGGACCAGGAUUGGAUCAAACGGGAUCGCGCUCAGCGGGGGGCAGAGACUUCGUCUUGCACUUGCUCGGGCGGUGUUUGCACAGAAGGAGCUACUUGUUCUUGAUGAUGUAUUUAGUGGAGUGGAUGCAGACACUGAAGAGCAUAUCUUUUGUCGACUUUUCUCUGGGUCUGGCCUUGCGCGACGGAGGGCAACCAGCAUUAUACUGGUGACCCAUGCCGUCUCACGACUUCCCCUGGCAGACUGGGUGGUCGUGUUGUCGAAGGAUGGAACAAUCGCCGAACAGGGCACUUAUGAGACUUUGAUUCACAAGAGCGCAGGAUAUGUGGCCGGCCUCAAUGUUGAUGUCAAGCGCACUAUGAAUAAUGACCAUGACGCACGAUCACAUGCUGAACACGAGGAUGUGGCAGUCAAGCAGCCGGCAGUUGUGGAAGCAAACGCAGCGGGAGAAGAGGAAUCGAAAAUAAAACAAGCGCCAACGGUGAAAGAAUCACCCGCACCAAAGCAUGGGGAUUGGAAGACGAUCACUGACUAUUUUUCUGCGGCCGGUUGGUCGUGGAUGGGGCUCUGCUGUCUAUGGAGCCUGGUGUACAUCACCGCGAUCAAGGCACCAGGGUUGCUCUUGAACACUUUCAGCAGCCCAAGCAACAAUUCUACCAUCGUAUUUACUUCGUCGUUUCUGGGCUGCCUAGGGUUGGCAGCUGCCGUCUCACUGGUGUCGCUCACCCUCCUGGUCUGGGGCUUCUUCCUCCGUGUCAUUCCCCGAGUAUCAAACGGUCUUCAUCAAAAACUUCUGCACGCAGUGUUGCUGGCACCCAUAUCAUUCUUUACCUCAACAGACUCCGGAACCGUGCUGAACCGCUUUACACAGGAUCUCAGUGUUAUUGACAAUGAGCUUCCUGGUGUAUUGAUUGGGGUGAUGUUGAAGCUGGCAAUCUUUACUAUCGGCGCGUGUAUGAUUGUGGCCUCCGCUACAUACCUACUGGUCACUAUUCCCCUGCUCAUAAUGGCUCUCAUUGGUAUUCAGCGAUUUUAUGUCCAGACCUCCCGUCAGCUCCGUACUCUCCGUCUAGAGCAACAAGCACCUUUAUACACUCACUUCCAAGAAACCAUUGCCGGUCUAACUAGUAUUCGCGCCUUCGGCUGGACGGGAGCUUUCCGAGCCCGCAACGCGAUACUCCUUGACAACAGUCAACGACCGAUGUACCUGCUCAAAACUGUGCAAGCCUGGCUUGGCCUUGUGUUGAAUCUCUUGGUUGCCGCGCUCGGCACUGUGCUCAUCAGUACGAUCGCCAUGCUUCGCGAUACCGUACACCCCGCAAUCGUGGGGUUGGGCCUGUUGAAUAUCAUGAGCUUUAAUGAGAAUCUGUCCGAAUUAGUCCUUGUUUGGAGUUUGACAGAGACGUCCCUCAGUGCUCUGGCACGGGUGCGUGAUUUCAUCGAGGAGACUGAAUCCGAAGAGAAGGACGGCGAGGUCAACUUGCUGCUGACUACGUGGCCCCAGGACGGAGCCGUGGAGUUUGAUAACUUUGCUGCAGCGUAUAGCAGUUCUGCGCCACUUGUUCUUCGAGACAUUAACCUGCACAUCCAGCCUGGCGAGAAGAUAGGAGUCUGCGGCCGCACGGGAAGUGGUAAGUCCUCGCUCCUAGCUGCACUCUUCCACCUAGUGGAGUAUCGGCAGGGAUCGUUGAAGGUCGACGGGCAAGACCUGGCACAUCUCUCACGAUCGGAGCUCCGCCAGUCCUUGAAUGUCAUCACCCAGGAGCCCUUCUGCGUACAUUCGGAAACUGUACGCUUCAAUCUGGACCCAUGGGAGGCGACCAGCCAGGAUGAUGUGAUUCUCAUCGGGGCGCUAGAGAAGUGUCAGCUCUGGUCGGUCAUUGAGGCCAAGGGCGGAUUAAAUGCCAUCCUGAAGAUAGAUUUCUUCAGCCAUGGGCAGUGGCAGCUUUUCUGCCUGGCGCGGGCCAUACUACGGAAGAGCAAGCUUGUAGUGUUGGACGAGGUUUCAUCGUGUGUUGAUAUCGAGACGGAUCGUCGCAUGCAGGAGAUCAUCCGGCACGAGUUUGAUGGAUGUACAAUCAUUGCGGUCGCCCAUCGUCUAGACACGAUCGUGGAUUUUGAUCGGGUGGUGGUGUUGGCAGACGGGCGAAUAGUGGAGUGCGGCGCCCCACAGCAAUUAUUGGCGUGUGAUGAAAGUUGGUUCAAGAGGCUAUAUGAGUCUUCUGUCCUAUAUUUACUAAUUUUGUUUUAUUAUAAUUCCCGCUCGUAA